UUUAGUCAGAGACUUGUCGUCAUUACGUACCUGUUUCUCUGGAUAUUUACCGAUACCUUCACGGUCAUCCAAUCAGUGACCACCGAAUCGUGACUUGAUACUUCACUAUUCUCUCAACUUAAUUUUAAAAAUAAAAACAGCCAUGGCCAAAUUAUUUAUCUUUUGCCUUCUGGUAUUUAUUUGCUUUGUACAUGAAAGUAUUUCGACUUUGUCGGAGCCUAAGGCCCCUAACUUUCAGUAUUUCGAGAGACCUAAGUAUCGGUAUCCAUAUUAUGACGAAAAUGGCCGUGGAAAAUUGUUGUACGGAUAUGGUGGACCGGAACUUUAUCAAUAUCGUACAUACAGUCCGUUAGAAGGCAUACAUUAAUUAUUAUUAUUAUUUAUUUAAUUACUUAAUUUUUUUAAUUUAAUUUAAUUAGAGAGGGAAUUUGCGGUUUAAUUAUUUUUAGUUUUGUAUGGAAAUUUUUUUUCCCUGAUUAAAAAACUGAAUUCGACCGAAUUAAAAAUUUUAAUUCUGUUAUAUUCUGUCGAAUUCUGCAAAACAGAAUUCAGGUGAAUUAAAAAUUUGAAUUUGAAUUAAACAAAAUAAAAGCGAUUUAAAAAUUUCAAAUUCGUUUUAAUUCAGUUUAAUUUGGAUCCAGAACCACAAAUUGGAUAAUUAUUUUUGAAUUAAUCAGAAUUAAACCGAAUAGAAUUAUUUUAAUUCGUUUUAAUUUGGACAAAUUCUGGUUUUCCUGCCGAAUUAGACAGAAUUCAUUUUUAAGUUAGGUACAGAAUUAACAGAAUUUAUCUGAAUUAAAUAGAAUCAAAAAUUUUAAUUCUGUUAUAUUCUGGCGAAUUUCGCAAAACAGAAUUUAUCUGAAUUGAAAAUUUGAAUUUGAAUUAAACAGAAUAAAAGCAAUUUAAAAAUUUCAAAUUGGUUUUAAUUCAGUUUAAUUCGGAUCCAAAACCAGAAAUUGGAGAAUUAUUUUCGAAUUAAAUCGAAUAGAAUUAUUGAAAUUCGUUUUAAUUCGGACAAAUUCUGGUUUUCCUGCCGAAUUAGACAGAAUUCAUUUUUAAGUUAGGUACAGAAUUAACAGAAUUUAUCUGAAUUAAAUAGAAUUGAAAAUUUAAUUCGAUCGAAUUCAGUUGUUUAAUCAGCGUUAUAUUAAAAUUUAAGUUGAGAGGAAACUGGAUUUUUUUUUAAUUUUUAGUUUUGAAAAUUGUGAAUAAAUUUUAUAAUUUUUGUAAAAUGGGAAUAUUAGAAAAUUUUGAGAAAUAUUUUUUAGAAAAUUUAAUUCAGUUCAAAAAUUUGAUUUUUUAAAUUAAUGGAAUAAAAAUUUUUUUGUAAAAUUGUAAGUGAUAUUUUAUUUGGAAUGUAAGUAAAAUUUCAAAAUUUUUAAUUUUUGCCGCCAUAAUUUUGAAUUCAAAAAAAUUUUAAUAAAAUUGUAAGCAAUUAAAAUGAAGUCUAGUGUAGUCAUACCUCAGGAUAAAAGAAAAAUAAAUAAAUAAUUAAAAAAUUGAAUGUACUCAAUUUUAUUUAUUUGUUCACAAUAAAAAGAGUCAAGGGCACAAAUAAAAUUUCAAUUAUUAAUUAAAUAAUUACUAAUUAAUUAGUUAAUUAAUCAACAUUGUAUAUCUAUAUUAGAUAUAUAUUUUUUUACGAUAAAUAAUUAGCACCCAUUGACUAAAUAUUUGAAGAUUCAAGACUUUAGACAAUCGACAGAUACGAUCACAGUAGCAAAUUACCUAUAAGUUAGUACUUUUAAGACAUUACUUUAUACUUAUUAUUAAUAUUAUUAUUAUUAUUAUCAUUAUUAUUUAUAAUUAUAAUACAAAAUUUAUUGUAGAGAUUUAAAUGACCUAUUUAUUGCUGUCAAUUUAAAACUUAAAACUUAAGCACUACAGCAAAAAAAAAUUCAAAAAAACAACAGAUUCGAUAUAUAUUUUUUGUACAAUUCAAAAUGCAUUAGACGGAAUCAUUAAACAAUAAUAAACAAUAAACAGUCAUAAUAAAUAAUAAUCAGUGCUCAUUACUUUUUUUUUUUUGGUUUUUUUAAUCAAAAGUUUAAGUAUAAAAAAAUAUAAAACAAUAAAUAACAAUAAGAUAAAUAAAUAAAUAAAUAAAAAACAUUAGCAAUUGUGCGUUAAUAUCUACUAGCGUCAAACAUCAAAAUGCAUAAAUAAUAAACAAGCUUACGAAAGAUCUAGAUAAUUGUUGGUUCAAAUUUUUGAUGAACGAUUUAAAUGCAGUGCAAUUUUUUUUUUAUUUUAGUUAAUUUUAUUUUAUUUUAGUUAUUUAAGUGAUUAAUGGAUUGUUGUGUGUAAAGUUGGAGUGUGCGAAUAGUAUUCGAAUUUAAUGUUAU